AUGUGCGUAUUUCUGCGCGCACUCGAAACGAACCUGAACCAAAAGCAAUAUGUGGCAUUUGGCUCUCUAUUCUUCAUCCUCAUCUCCAUCUCCACUUUCUGCAUGGAGACACAUGAGGCCUUCAACACCAUCCUCAACAAGACAGAAAACGUCACAGUGGGCAACACGACCCGUGAGGAGAUUGUAUACGAGGUGGUGACUGACAGCUGGUUGACAUAUGUGGAGGGUGUGUGCGUCAUUUGGUUCACCAUUGAGGUCCUUCUGCGAGUCAUCUUCUGCCCAGACAAACUGGAGUUCUUCAAAAGCACCCUCAACAUCAUCGACUUUGUCGCCAUCCUGCCCUUCUAUCUGGAGGUGGGCUUGAGUGGUCUGUCCUCCAAAGCUGCCAAGGAUGUCCUGGGGUUCCUCCGCGUCGUCCGAUUCGUCCGUAUCCUCCGAAUCUUCAAGCUGACCCGCCACUUUGUCGGUCUCCGUGUCCUUGGCCACACCCUUCGUGCCAGCACUAAUGAAUUCCUCCUGCUCAUCAUAUUCUUAGCUCUUGGUGUCCUUAUCUUCGCCACUAUGAUCUACUAUGCUGAAAGAAUCGGCGCCGACCCAGAUGACCCAACUGCCAGUGCCCACACUAACUUCAAGAACAUCCCUAUUGGAUUUUGGUGGGCCGUUGUGACCAUGACCACACUGGGCUAUGGAGAUAUGUACCCAGAGACAUGGUCAGGGAUGCUGGUGGGUGCGCUGUGUGCCUUGGCUGGUGUGCUGACCAUUGCUAUGCCAGUACCUGUAAUUGUCAACAACUUCGGCAUGUACUACUCCCUGGCCAUGGCCAAACAAAAGCUGCCCAAAAAGAAGAACAAACACAUUCCACGAGCACCCCAACCAGGGUCCCCCAACUACUGCAAGCCAGAUGCCUUGGCAAUGGCUACCGCAUCACCGCAAAGGAUCUUGGGAAAUGUCCUAGGUGGAGUGAUGGGGUCUGGAGGCAUGGGGGGUGACUGUCCUCUCGCCCAAGAAGAAAUUAUAGAGAUCAACAGAGACUCCAAGCAGAAUGGUGAUGCAGCCUCGGCCGCCUUGGCUAACGAGGACUGCCCCACCAUCGACCAGGUGCUGAGCCCAGACGAGAGGAGCCCUAUUGGGCGAGGGCCUACCCGGGAACGCUACCAGCAGGACCGCGCCUGCUUCCUGCUCAACACCAGGGAAUUCCGAGCCACAGAUGGGAAUGUGCGGAAAGAGGCAGCAGCCCUGGCACCCAGCCCAGACUCCCCUCUGACUGAGGAUUGGUAUAAGAUGGAAGGGUCUCUGUUACAGCAGGACCUCAAUGCAAACUCCACCUCUUCCUGGAUCAAACCAUAGACCAGAGUGUUAAGUUUCUAGCAUUCGCCUUCUCUCUAAUGAGGAGUCAGUAACCGGUAAACACAAAAUUGCGGCAGGAGCCACGUAAGCGACAAGUGUGACAUGGAUGGACAAUUUUAAGGAGAUCUUUGGGGUGACAAGAGAGAGACCAGAGGUUAAUCAUGAAUUUAAAAAAAGAAUCACAUGGUCUGCUCCUCACGUUGUUACCAAAGCAGCCUCUCGGAACUCCGACCACAAUUUUGACAGCUGUCAGACAGACAGACAGACCCCCCCUCUCCCUCCCAUUCCCCUUUUUCUGGCAAACUGACUGAGCAUUGCACUGACACACUUUGGGAGAGAAAAGGACUCCUGAUUACACAUUCCAGAUGACAUCACUCUGACAACAUUAUUCUCGCCAUCUUGUACGAUGACCAACUCAGUACCGUCUACAGUGCUGAACAACUGAGCAACUUCACAAGUUUCCGAAAAAAAAACGAAAAAAAAACCCACUUGUCUUCACAAAGGACUGAAUGAACAAUGUAGCAUCUCUGCUAACAUAUUGUAGCAUUUGUUGGCUGGGAAAUAACUUGACUUAACCCAUCAAUGGUUCGAAGAGUGAGGAAUAUAUGCAUUCAAUGGAUCUUUUAGAUGUCAUUUUCCUCUUGGGUUCCUUUUCAGUGAAGAAAAAAAAAUUGAGUACAUGAGAGACAACUGAUUGGUCUUACUCAGUAAAACACUUGAUAUUCCCAAAAAAGAGAUGCACUAAAUACAAACCGUGUGUAUGAAAUCAAUCACAGUUGCACAGUAUUUAACAAGUCCCAUAUAAAAGUCCCUCAUUCAAGUUUAGCACUUGUAUAGCAGUCAUGUUUGCCACUGAACAUAUGUCUUCCAUUCACUUAUAUCAGACUGAAACACUGCCCUCCCCACAAGGUAAAGAGAUAAUCAAAAGCAGAUGUUGAACAAAUGAAGCACAUGUAGCAUCAGCUCAAACAGGUCAUGUACAGCAUCCACUGUACAUUUAGACUCACCUGAAAUAUUUGCCAGGAGAAAAAUGUUGG